AUGGAUCUGUCUUCUAUCCCCAACAAUCUUCCAGUCAUUGCUCCUGUCAUUCAGGCCUUCGGUGGUCUCAAUGGCUACUGGGGCCAACGCGGGUUUGAGCCCCUCAAAGCCUACUGUGACUCUCACCCUGAAUACAUCACACUCUCUUUCGUGAACCAAGCUCCAGAGCACAGUAACUCGAAUCUUCCCGGAACCAACUUUGCCGGGCAUUGCGCAGGUGGCACCUAUGGAGACUCAAAUCUCCUCAGCGAGUGCUAUACCAUCAAGGAAGGAAUUCCGUACUGCAAGGAUCGUGGUGUCAAAAUUCUACUGAGCAUCGGUGGCGUCUACAACAACGCAGGAAGUAACUACAAGGUGACCACCGAUGAUAAAGGUCGAGAUUUUGCCGACUUCCUCUACAAGGCGUUCGGUCCUUACAAUGAGCAUUCGGGUACCAUUCGCCCCUUUGACAGCGUUGAUGAAGAUGGCAAUGCUGUUCAUGCUGCAGUUGAUGGUUUCGAUUUCGAUAUUGAACAUGAUCUUCCCAAUGGCCCUUACAUUGCCAUGAUCAACCGACUUCGUGAACUCGACGAAGGAAUCACUAUCACUGGUGCGCCUCAGUGCCCAACUAGCGACGAGUACUUUUACAUGAAAGAGAUGAUUCAGUCGGCCAAGUUCGAUGCCCUGUUUGUGCAAUUUUACAACAACCCUUGGUGUGAUGCCGUUUCAGACGGUCGUGAGGGCGAAGGCUUCAACUACGACCAGUGGGUAGAUAUCAUUGAAGACAGUGAUCUCAGCAAGGACGCUAAGCUGUAUGUCGGUCUCCCUGCUAGCGAAGAAGCCGCACCAGGUGGCGGUUAUCUUGAGCCCGAAGAUUUGAAGGAUCUAGUCUGUGAACUCACGACAAAGUCUCAUUUCGGUGGUGUUUCUCUGUGGGAUCUCACUCGUGGAGAAGAGAACAUUGUGGACGGAAAGAGCUACAACGAACAUGUCAUGGAUGCUCUCAAGUAUGGCUGUGCCCCGGUGCCAGUUCCUACCACCACCACCACCACUAGUGCCACAACCACAACCACUGAAGAGGCUUCUACCUCUACCGACAUCACGACAACCGAAACAUCUACAGUUUAUACUGCCACUACAUCUGGCUUUUCUACAACUUCUGGUGCCUCAUCGACGGAAGAUGCUACCUCGGCUGAUACCACCACCGCCUCUGAUGUAUCUUCAACUGCUGAUGUUACAGCUACCACCAACAGUGAUGCCACCAUUUCCGCCGAUGUCACUACCUCAACUGUUGCUGCUUCCACCGAUGCUACUGCUUCCACCGAUGCUACUGCUUCCACCGAUGCUACUGCUUCCACCGAUGCUACUGCUUCCACCGAUGCUACUGCUUCCACCGAUGCUACUGCUUCCACCGAUGCUACUGCUUCCACCGAUGCUACUGCUUCCACCGAUGCUACUGCUUCCACCAAUGUUAUUGCUUCUACCGAUGUUAUUGCUUCUGCCGACGCUACUACCUCAACUGAUGCUGCUUCCACUGAUGCCACUGCAUCCACGGAAACAGCUACUAGUGUCGGUGCAAACACUUCUAGCGUCGGCGUUGAGUCUACCACUGGAGCAUCUGCCACAGCCGCAGAAUAUUCAGCCGACACCACUAUGGCUUUAACAACCGACAUUGUCUCGACAAGUGAUGCCCUCUCUGCUACAUCUGACGUGUCUGCAACUGUUGAUACUUCUGUUGCUACCGACGCAGCUUCUAGCUCAACUAUCGAUUCCCCCAUUGGCAGCGACACUGCUACUGGUACUGCCGCGACGACCGAUGUUUCGGGAGCUGCAGAGUCGACUGCUUCGGCCACAGAGACUGAAUCCGCGACUGUCGCGACUGCCUAUAGCACUUUCCGAGGCUGGAACACUACAUCAACGAGCGCUGCUGCUUACACACAGACAUACGGUAACCCUUCUACCCUUGUUCAUUCUGGCUCUCUCACCACAAAGGGAUCACCUGUCUACACCAACUAUCCCGGAAACACAGAUGCUAUUAGCAUGACUACCAGCACUGUCUGCACUACCCGGGUCCACACCGUCACCAAGUGCCCCCCUGAGGUUGUUGACUGUCCUUAUGGAUCUGUCACAACUGAGACUGUUCCUUUGUACACUACUGUCUGCCCAGCCAUUGGUAAAGCUAACCCUACUGGUUACGCUUCCCAGUACGCUCUUCCUCCUCAGUAUGAGACCAGGACUGUCUAUACCACAAGUGUCCAGACCAUCACCAAGUGCGAUCCUGGUGUCGUCAACUGCCCUUACGGAUCUGUCACCACCGAGACUGUCCCUGUCUACACUACUAUCUGCUCUGUAACAGAGGCGGAUAAGCCAACCCCUACUGAUGUCUUUAUCAACCAUGAAAUCAAGACUCUCUACACGAGCCAGGUUCAUACUGUCGCCCAGUGUCCUCCUGAGAACCUCAAUUGCCAAGUCGGCGCUGUCACUACCGAGAUCGCAUCAUGGACAACAGCCAUUGUGCCUGCCAAGGAGACCCAGUCCAUCAAGGAUUACAAACCUGUUGCCGAGCUCCCCAAGCCGCUGACAAUUGGAUCUCAUCUCAACGGUACAGUCUACACUAGCGUUACCAUCCCCCCUGCUACGCUCAAGACAGCAACCAAGCCUGGUGUUUUUGAGCAGGCCAAACCCACAUACAAGCAGCCCGCUCAGAAGCAAUACUCUGGUGCUGCGGCUCCUACAGGUGGCCACAACGGUGAGGCUCCUAUCGAGACCUAUAUACCCGCGCCCAUCACCCCCGUUACUGCUGGCGCCUCUUCAAUGGCCAUUGGCCUGACUGCUGUGGCAGGCAUUGCACUUCUGCAAGUCCUCGCUCUGUAG